GGUUCGGAAUAAACGAGCGGUCAACCGCAUGCAGCAUGAAUCCUUUCAUGAGUGGUUUAGGUUGCAUGUGGAAGAAAUUGGUGAAGAAGCACCACAUGAGAUAAAAAUUUUAGCUAAGGCACCAAUGAUGGUUGCACGGCAAUAUAGUAGUUAUACCAUUAAUGGGUUCAAUUUCCACACAAAGUCCUAUGAUGAGGGUAGGUCUAUUCAAAAUAGUGGGGUUGUUGUAGUUGCAGAGUCAACAUGCUUUGAAGGGGGCAGAAAUGAUGACAUUAUUAUUGGAAACAAGGCCUAUUAUGGUAUUAUAAAGGAAAUUCUUGAACUAAACUAUCACCACAACGGAAAUGUAGUGUUGUUCAAGUGCGAUUGGGUUGACAAUCGUGUGGAGCACAAAUGGGUAAAAACUGAUCAAUUUGGGAUCACAAAUGUCAAUUUCAAGCAUCUGUUCAAUACCGGUGAAAAAAUAUCAGAUGAACCAUUCAUUCUAGCAUCACAGGCACUUCAAGUAUUCUAUGUUCCUGAUCCGAUUGAUACUGAGUGGGCUGCUGUUGUUCAGUCAAAACCUAGGGACUUGUAUGAUGUGGAUGAUUUGGAGAACGAGCACACAGAUAAUUGUAGUGGACAAGCUAUGCUUUUUCCCAUUCUCAAUGGCAAUGUGACAGUGGAUAUUGUAAGAGGUGUUGUCCCUUCUGUUAGAGCAGAUAUAGAUGGUAUAAUUGUUGGUCCAAAAAAGUCUAAAAAAAGCUCUACGAAGUAAGUAAUGUAAAAAAUGGUACAUGCUGGAAAUUUUUACUACCUUGCAAAGAUCGCUAAUUUGGUGUCCUUCUUUUCAGGAGAAAAUAUGACAAAUGCAAGAAGAAACAUUAAUGAUGCCCCUAUAAAUGCGUACGAGCAGCAACGGAUAGCAAUCAUUGCAGAAAACAAAAGGAAGCUAGCAUCUCUUAAUAUCCCUACUUUGAAGACCGCGGGUCCAUCCGAGAAAAGAACAAAGAGGACUCAUGACACAAGUGUUGUAGCAACCGAAGGUCAUAAUUUACGUGCAAGGCCACAAAGAAACUAUAAUGGGAAUGAAAAUAUACAGAUCGCUGAAGAUCUUGUGAUAAAUCAAUCAGAUGGAGACUUUCUAUGUGAUAAUGAAGCAGAUUUUGAAGACAUUCCAAAAAAACGAGCAGGGAAAGGAAGGGGUAUUACUAGGCUAGAUGACAUAUUCGCAAGGAAAUCUGACAUGCCUAAAAUAAAAAUAACACUAAAUGAACAUGGUCAGCCUGUUGGAAAAGAUUGUAGGAAGUUUUCUAGUGCCAUUGGGUGUCUAGUGAGGAAGAAACUAUCAGUUGCAUGUGCUGAUUGGAGGCUGGUUCCUGCUGAAAAGAAGUAUGAAGUUUGGACAAGCAUUAAGGAAAUCUAUGACAUCGAUGCUGCUGCCUUCAAUUGGUUCCUUGCUAGUGCCGGGAGAAAAUGGAAGGAAUUCAAGGCAACCCUAAAGGAGCAAUACUUUAAUGAGAAACUAACAAAUGAGGAGCUGAAGACAAAAGUUGGUGACAGAGUUGAUGAUGAUGCUUGGAAUUUUCUCACAGAAUAUUGGAUGUCUCCUAACUUUGAUGCUCGCACGGAAAUUGCCAAGGUCAAUCGCUCAAAGUUGGAGCAACAUCAUACAUCUGGCAGUAAAAGCUUUGCUUGUUCUGGUCAUGAAAUGGAAAAGAAACUAGGGCGUCCUCCUCGAAGAGAUGAACUUUAUAUCAAAACACAUACAAGAAAAAAUGGAGUUCCCUUGGGUCCAGCAGAACCAAUAAUUAACAAACUUAAAGCAAUAGUUGAAGCACGUCCAGAGUUGAAGGAAAGAUCAAUUCAACAAGGUGAUGCCUUUGCUGCCGUUUGUGGAGAAAAGGAACCAAGAGGACGGGUUCGUGUUUUGGGUCUAGGUCCAACUCCUCAAGAAGUUGGUACCCCUGGGUUGAAGUGCUACACACCAACAAGACUUCAAAUGGAAGUUUUUGCUCGCAAAAAGCUUGAAAGUGAGAAAGCAGCCUUAGAAAAACGUAUAGCGGAUAUGCAAGAGGAAAUGAUGGAACGAGAAAGGCAAAAUGUUGAAAUGGGAUCACACAAUGAUUCAAAUUCAAGACUCCAUUCGCAGAGCCCAAGAGAGGAGCAUAUUCACCAGGCGCAUGAUGCUCAGUUCCAAGAAGAUGAUGCUUCUCUAGAUAACCAUUGUGAAGAGGAUGAGUACGUGUUUCUCCCCAGGGGUGGUAAUAUUCGCCCUACAAGCGUGACCACAACUAGGCCAAGAAUUGUUUCUGCGACUCGCUUUUCACAUGAUGCACUUGUUGGGGAAGAUGGUGCACAAACAUCUGUACCACCCAAUGAAUGCAACCCGAUUCAACCUAAAAGAGCAACCACAUCAGUCUGGCCUAGAAAUGAUGCUGCCACUCGCUUUUCACAUGAUGUUCGACCAAGAAAUGAUGCUGCCACUCGCUUUUCACAUGAUGUUCAGCUAAGAAAUGAUACUGCCACUCACUUUUCACAUGAUGCACUAGUUGGGGAAGAUGUGAUACUCUAUGCAAUGUUGAGAUCUGAUCCUGUGGCAAAGGGAACAAUUACUUCAACUAAUCCAAACACUGUGCUAGGAGGUGAAAAUCUUGGAACACAAUUUUGUGAAGUAGUUGUGAAUGUUGUGCUAAAAAGGGAUGCAGAUCUGCCUCGCCCUUAUGACCAUAUGGAGACCAUGGGUGAUGCUUAUAUGAUGCCUGUUGCAUGGCCAUACAAGAGAAUGAAGGUCAGCAAGGCUUCCAAAUCAUCCCAUGUUGCUACUGGUAAUUCUGGGAUAUGCUAGGUAGCACAUUUGAUGGACCAGCUGACAGCAACUUGUUCAAACAGCAAGCAUAUGGUGUAAUGGAGAAGGGUUGUCUUCUUAGUUUGCAGCUUUUGGGUUUCCUACAUUAAGACUGUAGUUGUAGCUUUUGGGUUGCAAGCAUAUGGUGUAAUGGAGAAUGGUUAUAGCUUUUGGGUUGUUGUGUUGACAACUGUAAUAGUACUGACUGUGUGCUGUUUGGAAGCGACAAUGCACUUUUGCUGCUUGUGCUUGGUACCUUUGUUUCAAAGAUUGUUGAACAAUUUCUUGUGUGUCCUGA